UGCAAUAUCUUCCGUGAGAAACAAAGCUGCUAAACCAGAAGGACGAAACAUGACAACGCAUUGACCAAACUCAACAGUAAAGCAGAAACAGACCAGUACUUUCAGUUUUUUUUUUAUUUUAUUUUGCCCUCUGUGUCGUCCUGCCUCUCCAUGCUGCUGUGCCGGGUGUCGCCAGUGUACCAGACGCUGGCGAGAUGGGGACUGAGGUCACAGCGGGGAGGCGGCCUCCUCCUAAGCCGCCCGGUCUCCAGCCGCUGUCAUGGUGUCAGCCCCGGGGAAGGCAGCGCUCAGCCCGGGGAGGCCGGCUCCGCUCAGACUGUGUACCGGGACACGGUGCUCCUUCCUCGGACUGAGUUCCCCAUGAAACUGACCGGACAGAAGCUGCUGGACCGGGAACUUCAGAUCCAGCAGGAAUGUGGUUUUGCAGAAUUGUAUUCAUGGCAGAGAGAAAGGAAAACCAAGAAAGAGUUCUGCCUUCAUGACGGACCCCCUUAUGCAAACGGAGACCCUCACGUUGGACAUGCACUCAAUAAAAUCCUGAAAGAUAUCCGUAACCGUUUUGAGAUGUUAAGGGGACGUCAGAUCCACUACAUCCCAGGCUGGGAUUGCCACGGCCUGCCCAUAGAGCUCAAAGCUUUGGGAGAACUAGGCACCAGCGGACUCAGUCCACCGCAGAUAAGACAGAAAGCACGGGAGUUCGCCGAAGGGGCGAUAGCUCGACAGAAAGCCGCCUUCCAGCGCUGGGGGGUCAUGGCCAACUGGGAGCAGUGCUACUACACGUUCGAUGGGGCUUACGAGGCUGCUCAGUUAAAGGUCUUCCAGGAGAUGCAUAGCAAGGGCCUGGUAUAUCAGGACUACAAACCUGUCUUCUGGUCUCCUUCAUCCAGAACGGCCCUGGCUGAGGCCGAGCUGGAGUACAACCCUGAGCAUGUGAGCAGAGCCGUCUACGCCACCUUCCCUCUGGCCAAGCUGCCGCCGAAGAUGGCUUCAGAACAAGGUCUGGAGAAUGUCUUGGUGUUGGUUUGGACCACCCAGCCAUGGACCAUCCCUGCUAACCAGGCCGUGUGCUACAUGCCCAACGCCCAGUACUCUGUGGUGAAGAGGGCCGACACUUCCCAGCUGCUGCUGCUGGCGACUGAACGCACAGCGAGCCUUGCGCCGCUGCUGGGCACAGAGCUGCAGGCUGUUGGCACCUUCAUAGGUUCACAGCUUGAAGGUGCAAUCUGCAAACAUCCCACCAUUCCUGACAAGCAUGUCCCAUUGGUACCAGCCAACCAUGUGACCAUGGGCAAAGGAACAGGAUUGGUCCACACGGCUCCAGCUCAUGGCAUGGACGACUACAGCGUGGCUUCACAGUUUAAAUUGCCCGUGGAGUGUAUGGUGGAUGAAGACGGCAGGUUCACAGAGCUGGCAGGACCGGAGCUGCAGAACCUGUCUGUGAUCACUGAAGGAACUGAUGCAGUGAUUUCAAUGCUGAAAGAAAGCGGCGCUUUGGUUCUGGAGGAGCAGUGUGUCCACAGCUACCCGUAUGACUGGCGGACGAAGCAGCCUGUGGUCAUCAGACCCAGUAAACAGUGGUUCAUCAACACUGCAUCACUGAAAGACAAGGCAAAGGAGGCAUUGCACAAGGUGCGUGUUUUACCAGAGUCAGCGAGAGGCAGUCUGCUGGCCAUGCUGGACAGACGGACGUACUGGUGCAUCUCCAGGCAGAGGAGCUGGGGGGUCCCAAUCCCGGUCUUCUACCAUAAAGAGACCGGAGAACCUCUUAUUAACAAAUACACAGUGUCCCACGUGGCAAAACUCUUCAAAGAAAAAGGGAGCGACUGUUGGUGGGAACUUCCCAUUGAGGAUCUGCUGCCCCCAGAGGUUCUCGACAAGAGCAAAGCUGGACCUGUGAGCGACUAUGUUCGAGGAGAUGAUGUUCUGGACAUCUGGUUUGACAGUGGAGCGUCAUGGGCAGCUGUGUUGGAAGAGUCAGACCCCAGAGCAGAUGUUUACGUGGAGGGCAAGGACCAGCUUGGAGGCUGGUUUCAAUCUUCGCUGCUCACCAGCGUGGCUGUCAGGAACAAAGCGCCCUAUAAAUCUCUGGUGGUCCAUGGCUUUGUUGUCAGUGAGAAAGGAGAAAAGAUGUCCAAGUCUCUGGGGAACGUUGUGGAUCCUGAUGAAGUCAUUAAUGGAAAGGAGGACAGCAGCGUAUCAGCGUACGGGGCAGAUGUGCUUCGGUGGUGGGUCGCAGAAUCAAACAUCUUCACCGAAGUCCAAAUUGGGCCAAAUGCCCUUAACUCGGCCCGAGACAGCAUCGGCAAGUUGAGGAACACUCUGAGGUUUUUGCUCGGCAACCUGCAGGGCUUCGACCCACGUUUGCAAGCUGUGGACCCUAAACAGAUGUACUACAUUGAUCAGUACAUGCUGCAUCUGCUCCGCGAAUACAGCAUGAAGGUUACAGAUGCCUAUAGUGAGUUUGAUGCUGGCAGAGUCAUCCGUAUCCUUCAAGCCUUCAUCACCAGAGACUUGUCCAGCUUUUACUUUAGCAUCAUAAAGGACAGGUUGUACUGCAGUCCAGAGGACUCAUUGGGCAGGCGAUCAUGUCAGACCGCUUUAGAGGAAAUUCUGGAUGGCGUGACCCGAUCUGUCGCUCCCAUCCUGCCACAUUUAGCAGAAGAGGUCUAUCUGCAUGCUCCAGGACACGACAAAGCAGAGACGCUAUUCAAAAGCGGGUGGAUCAAAAGCAGCUCUGUCUGGCGGCGUCCAGGAUUGGAGGAGGCUGUGGAAGGAGCCUGUGCCAUUCGAGACUCCUUCCUGUCUUCAAUUCCUGGUAAAAAUGCCAGCCAGUAUGAUCUGACGAUUGCCCUUGAACCAGGUCUUCUGUUUGAGCUCAUGGAGUCUCUUCAAGAGGAGCCCACCUCCACCAGCUCCCAGCUAGCUGAGCUGAUGAUGGCAGCACGAGUAAACCUGACCAACAAGUUGCCCCGUGACCUGCACCCCGAGGCCCUGCUGAGCCACGGUACCUUCCUCAUCAACCUGGAAGGUGGCGUUAUUCGUGAGGACAGUCCCUACAGCAUUGCUGUGACGCCCACCUAUACCGCCCGCUGCCCGCGGUGCCGGCGCUACACCUCAGAGUCCACAGACUGUCUGUGUCCACGGUGCCAGACUGUCGUCUCACGUGCCGGCUGACAUGCUUGUUACCAGGACAACCAGCACACAUCAUGAGGAAGAAAUUGCUUUACACUCCCAGUGGAAACUGUAAAACUGCUGUUUAUAAGGAUGGUGACAUUUUACCAGUAGAGGGUUUAUUUUAAAUGAACAUACCAUAUAUGCAGAUGUAAAAUAAUACCAAUAUAUUCUGUGUGCUCAUGGUUCCUCAGUGAACUCAAAACAAAAACACUGAAGUCUACUGUAAAUACAUUUGGGAGGUAAAAAAGGAUGUGAUUUGACUGUAGAAGGAAUGCUCGUUUAAAUGUGUUGAUGGUAAAUAUUUCACUACAAGUCACUAUGUGACUAUAGUAGGAAAUGUUUUCCCAAGAGAAGAUGGCAUGGGUGAGUUCCUGUACAAAUCUAGCUUUGUAUAAUAAAAUCUGUUCCUUCUUUCUCAGAAACUA